AUGCGCGGCUGCGUCAAGGCGCAGACACUCAGGCCGCCACUGACAGGCGUGUCGCGCGCGCAUGCACGAGCGCAUCGGCGGCGCGCCUCGGCACGCAUUGCCGCACUCGCGGCCUCGUGUGCACGCAUGCAGGCAGACAGCGGCGGAAAACACUGCCUCCAGCACUCAGCGGCAUCGUUCCUCUCGUCGUCAUCGCCGUCGCCAUUGUCCUCGUCUGCCGGACAUGGCGUGAACAUUUUCGGCAUUCCGUUUGCCGACGAUCAGCUGUUGCCGGGCAAAGUGAUGCGUUGUCGGCAAGCCGAUUAUCGACCAAUUGUAGGUCACUUUGAGGAGGGUGCAAAAGUGUCGCCAGUCGAAAAGUGCCAGUUCAACCGACCGGCAGGGUACAGGCAAGAGCAGAUGUCAGUUGCUGUUGAGUUGACCGCGUUUGCGUCGUUGUCAUCGUCUGUCCUGGAAAGCAUGGCCAUUUCCGACCUCCUCGCAGUGACUUGGCACCCUCCGAGUUGUUUGUCAGGCGGCAGUAUCAUCUUCGAAGUGAUCGACAAUUGACUUGUUCGUGUGUGCAUGCAUGUGUGUGGGAGUACGCAAGCUUCGGGCACCAGUCGCGCCCGCUCUGGAAGGGGACAUGGAACAUUUGUGUCCGAUUCAAGCGAUGAAACCGGCUCAAGGCAUUGGGCUGCAGAAGAGACGACUGUUGAGGUGAAUGUGCUGUUUUUCUACCCGCCGUGUUGCCAGGUCAUGGAAAGAUCGGAAAUCCGGAUCAACCCAUUGCCAAGCUGGGCUCAGAAUGUGAACUGUGCGUCAUAA